AUGUCUCUUACUUGUGAGCUUUCAAAGUCUGGAAAGGAAAUGCGGUGGGGACUCUAUAAGAAACAAGUUACUCAACUUAAAUCACGAGAAUUUGACCCGCGGUUGUCUUACAAUAUGAUAAUGAAAGUGUUCGAUGGGAUGUGGAAUAAAUACAAUUUGUUUAGUCGUAAUUGUGCCGAUUGGGCAAGGGAGUUCUAUGGAAUUAUUUGUGAAUUGACUUGAAAGAUUUUUGGAAUAAAUUUUAAUUUUUGUAAUAAA